AUGCCGUACAGAUUAGAUACGCACGUCUUAACAGUGGAUGCCAACGUUAUCCACAAGGUCGAUACCGCCAACCCUGCCAACCUGUAUAGCAUGUGGACUGUCUUCUCACGCUGUGCAGACUCACUCGAGCAAGGCCGCAGAUUAGAAAACCUCAGCUGGAGACUCUGGCAGCGCGAGCAGCUCGUCGACAACGAGAAGCGACUGGACGCUUCCGCCAUCUCCAACACUUCGCCUCUGGCCGCCCCUUCGCGGUCCCAAGAUCUUCCACAGCUUUCCGGUAGCGUCGAUUCACUCCUUGACGAGGACGCCACCGAAUUUGUUUCCGAGUCUGCUCCUCUGGAGAUUCGCCCUAGGAUACAUCGUCUUGACUCUACCAGCAGUCGCAGCAGACGCGACCGACACAUCAGCUCCGACGACUUUGAAAAGAUGGUCGUCUCCAUCGUCAAGGACACUGCUCCUCUCUCCGCACCCACCGCCACCUCCCCUCUUGCCGCUCCCAAGAAGGAGACGGCUCCCAUCGCCCCGGCCCCAACACCGGCUGAGCCCACCAUCAUGGCUACCCACUCUAAGCCUGCUACUGAGACGCGUGCGCUUGUGUCCGCUGAACUGCCUAUUCGCGAGUCUUUCCCCCAACCCUCGCAUAUCGCGGCCGCCAUUCCCGAGCCCGAGGCCGCUCCCGCCCAUCAGCCCGUCGCGCAGAAGAAGGCACCAGCCAAGUUUGCUCUCGGCGGCUCAUGUUCUUCUAGUGAGCAGGGCAUGAGCGUCGAGAUGUCGAAGUCUAGCCUGAUGCCUCCCCCGAAGAAGGGCAUGUUCCAGAUUGGUGGCUCCUCCGGGUCUGCCUCCACCAAGAGCGAUAUCCAGCCCGCCAAGCCUAUCAUCUCAGAGAAGAUGAAGCAGGUUAUCGCAUCCACCAGCCGCAACUCUCAGCUCGAGGCCGAGAGUGCUAUCGACUCGGAUACCGAUGACGACUAUAUUGAUGAGAGCGCCAUUGAUGAUGAUGACUCUUCUGAUUGGGAAGAUUCCGCGGAAGAGAGUGGCAAAUCGAGCGUUGACGACAAGUUCUUCCAGCGUGUCGAGUCCAAGGCUAACCUGGUCUCCCGCCCCUCGCUCAUUACUCUUAUGGUCGCACAGAAUGAACGCCAGAAGAACCUGAGCAACCAGGCAUCCCACUCUGCCUCUGCCAUCGAGCGCUCGCGCGCUGGGCCUCACGGCUCGGCCCUAGGCGCCUCUCCUAACGAUUCCGACGAGGGUCCGCUGAUGAUGAAGGGCAUGCGUCCCUCGAAUCUGAAGCCGAUCAUUGAGGUGCCUCGGUCCAGCGCCCAGCCUAUUGAAACCAGGCACGUGGACAUCCAGGCAGCCUUUUCACCCCGAACUACGCGCCGCAACAUGCUUGCUACGGAGCUUACCGAGUCUUUGCGCCGCCACCUUCUCUGGGAGCGCCAGCAAAAAACGUCGACUGCAAACGCUGUCCUCAAGCGCCGCCAUACCUCCCACGAUGUCGCCAACCUCAAGCAGUUCCCCGAGAAGCCUUGCUUGAAGAAGAGCGAGGACGCCAAUGCCAGCAGCUGGAACCAAUACUUCAACAAGGACGCUUUUGAUGGCUACCACUCCAAGGGCUGGUAA